AUGAAAAGACUUUCUGUGAUUACCGCAUCGAGAUUUCGUUCAUUUCCGAUCAUGAAUGGUUGGUGUGGUGCGAGUGGUGGUGCUUCUUUGGGUACAACCAUUCCCUCUGCUCGUUCAUCAUCAUCAUCAUCAUGGCUUGAUUUUAAUCAAAUGGAUCGAAUGAAGAAAAUAAGGAAUUUUCAUUCAAGCUUUUUCGUCAAACAAUCCGAUAAUGAGCAAAAGCAACAAGAAGACGAACAAAAACAACAACAGGAAUACCAACAAAAGCCAAGUUAUUCAUUUAAGAAAUUAUUGAUCCAAUCAUUUCUGCUUGCUUUAGGAUUUUCAUCAAUUACAAUCAUUCUUGCACUUCGUCAAUACAACAACAAUCCUUCUGACUCGAUCCUAGACAAAUUAUUAAGAAAUAUGUAUGGACCAUAUAGAAAUUAUGUUGAAUUAAAGAGUGAUCAACCAGAAAUAGAGGAGACCUUGUGUUACAGAAAUCCUUUGCUUUCCUUUGAUGUAUCAAAUAGUCAGGAUCCAAAUGAUGUUUUGGCUAAUUUGUUUGUAAAACCAGGAUUGUUGAUCAAAGAAGAUUUACAAAAUGUUGGAGGAAAGUUUGAAGUUUUUGAUGAUUAUGGACAUAUGGUCGAUUUAGUUUGGGUAAUGAUGAGCAAAGAUGAAUAUUUGGCUUCAAGAAAUUCUGAACAAAAAUCCACAAUCGCAACUAGAGAAGAUUUGUUAAAUUUGAAUGAUUUGAACAUGCUUGAAAAAAGUUUGAAAAUGGGAAUGAGAGAGAAUGAGGAAAUUGUCUGGCUUGAGAAGAUUAACACCAAGGAUUUUGUCUCAUCCAAGGAAUAUUCCAAGCUUCCCGAGAGCAUCAAACAAAAACCAAACUGCGUUUUAGCAAUUAUUAAGGCUCCUGACGUGUACUCUCAUCCAAAAGAUUAUUUCCAAUCAAGAUAUGGGGAGGCUGGAAAGAAAAUAACUAGCACUCCCAAUGGAGAUCUUUAUAGGGGAGUAGUUUUAACGACAUACUACAAUCAGUUGAUUGCUAUUGGAAGAAGUUAUCCAAACCAAAUGAUUAACUUUGAUUUGGCCAGAAAGGAACUCUCAAAAGAUGAAAUUGAGAAAAUAUUCCAAUUUAUUCCAGAUUCCCAGAGAAGUACAUUCCACAAUAUUUCAAAACAAAGCACUUCCAAGUCUUAUGAAAUUAUCAGAUAUUUGAGAGAGGUGCUGUUAAAACUUUACUCUGAAAGAUUGACAUUAAAUGCACCAAAGGACGAGUAA